AUGUUCUCAAUGCUGGAUGCAGCGUCACACAUGGCCCGGAGAAGAAUCAUUAGUUCUGUUUACGCUAAAUCAAACUUGAUCUCAGGGCCUUCUUCUGUCACGAGAUCGACAAACGAGAUCAUCGGACGAGACCUAGUGAAACACAUUAGUGAACAGGCUCGAAGUGGUACUGUAGUCGGCAUCGUCCAACUCUAUGCAAGAAUGAUGGUGGAUGCGACUUCUGCGUUCAUUUUUGGCAUGGAUGGACGUUCGAACUACCUUCAUGACGAAACUGCCUGGAAAUUAUUGGCGAAAAGUUUUGGUGAUCGAUCACAGGGUGUGUUCCUCCCACAAGAGCUACCGGUAUUAAACAAUCUAGCUCAACGCCUUGGACUCAAGUCAGGAACUGGGCUCGAUCUCGUCGAUGCAUGGUGCUUGGAUAAGUGCCGUGAUGUUGAGGCACGGGCAAUAGCUGGGCAGCUUGAGGAGGGGGAGGCAAGCGUUUGGAGGAGUCUGGACAAUGCCAUAGCAAGGUCGAACAAGGACCUCGAUCGAGACAUGAGACGCAGGCUAGUUGCGAGUGAAAUUAUGGAUCACAUUGUUGCAGCUUUUGACACAAGCUCCAUAGCCCUCAAUUACUCUACCUACCAGCUCAGCCGUCCUUGCAAUAGACACAUUCAAGAUGCGCUUCGGGAAGAACUGCGGAGUCUCCACGGGCAAGAAAAAGACGGCCAAGAAAACUCUUUGCCACCACUCAGGAGUCUGGAUGGGCUGCCAUUGCUCUCUGCAAUCCUGAUGGAGACACUGCGGCUGCAUCAACCAGUUCCAGGCCCUCAGCCUCGUGUGUCUCAUGCUGGGGCUACUCUGGAAGGGGUUGGGACGCUGCCUAGUGGAGUUCGGGUCUCGGCUAACGCGCUUUGCCUUCAUCGAAACGAAGACGUAUUUCCCAAUCCCAAUGAAUGGACGCCUCAUAGGUGGAUGAAGGAAGGCGCCAAGGAUGACGAAAGGCUCAAAGAGAUGAAUCGGUGGUUCUGGGCUUUCGGUAGUGGCGGUCGGAUGUGCAUUGGAAAUCACUUUGCUAUCUUACACAUGAAGGCUGCCCUUGCUGCUAUAUACAGCAGGUUUGCCACGGAGAUUGUUGAUGAUAGUGGAAUCGAACAGCUUGAGUGA